AUGCGGAAGUCUUAGCAGCGACAACAACACAUAGCAUUACAAGCUGCCGAAGCUUAGCAGUUAAGUUGAGAUGUGUUACUGUUAAACUUUUGACAUAAAAAAAUGAUUUCUAGUUUAGUAAAUCUGAGGUAAAUAUGCGGGAAACUUGAGUUAGGUCCGUUCUAUGGACCAUACAAUAGCGCACGACUCCAGCAGUAAGACGGUUAGCUAGCUAGCCACCUCAGUGAUGAACUACAGUGCUCAUCAAUGCGCGAUCAGAUAGCCUGCCAGGUUACUAGUAUGCACAUGUAAGCUAGUAGUCCAAAUUGUAAAUAUUACUACGACAAAAUGGAUGACAAAUAUAGCAGUAAUGUUCUUUCCAGUGGGAAACUUGGGCGAGUCGAAGUACCAAAUGCCAGUCUUACAAGGUACAUUGUACUGCUAUGGCUGACGAAAUUGUUGAAGGCCCUUGGAAUAUUUGAGUCUUAUGAUUUGCUGAAAGUGGUACACAUAGUUCAAUUUCUCUUCAUACUUAAGUUGGGAUGUGCAAUGCUCUUGGUUUUCUUCCAGAAACCAUUCUCCUCGGGGAAAAUGAUCACCAAAAGACAGUGGAUCAGGAUAUUCAAGCAUUCAGUGAUCAGUUGCAUCAUAUCUCUGUUGGGCUUUUUUGGACUAACACUUUGUGGACCAUUAAGAACACUACUACUAUUUGAACACAGUGAUGUGGUGGUUAUUACACUGCUUAGUGUGCUUUUCACAAGUUCAGGAGGUGGACCUUCUAAGACGCGAGGUGUUGCCUUCUUCAUCAUUGCUGUGAUCUGUCUCCUGCUCUUUGAUAACGAUGAUCUCAUGGCCAAGAUGGCUGAACACCCUGAGGGGCAUCACGACAGUGCCCUGACGCAUGCACUCUACACGGGUAUAUCCUUCUUAGGAGUGGCAGACCACAAGGGUGGGGUUGUCCUGCUGGUGGUGGCGCUGUGCCUGAAGGUGGGGUUCAACACCGCCUCCCGGAAGCUGUCGGUGGAGCUCGGCGGAGCGAAGCGGCUUUAUACCCUCUCCAGCUUGGUCUCUUCUAUGGUCCUCCUUCCCUGGGUUAUAGUCCUUGCUGCCACAACAGAGAGCAAGGUGGAGUCGUGGUCAGCCCUCAUCCUGCCCUUUGCCAUGAUCAUCUUCUCCGUCAUGAUCCUGGACUUCUACGUGGAGUCCAUCUGCGUGGCCAAGAUGGAGGCCCCCCGCUGCGCCCGCUACGGAGCCAUCUUCCUCUUCCUGAGCGGCCUGCUGUUGGCCAACUUCUGGACGCAUCCGCUGACCGACCAGCUGAGGGCCAUUAGCAACCCCGCGCAGCAGUCCAGCACUGAGCAUGUGCUCUCUUGGGGGGUGCUGGUCAGCGCAGCCUUCUUUCUCAUGUCUGACAGCAUCCUGUCGUCCCCAUCGAAGAAAGGCCAGAAGGGGACCUUGGUGGGCUACUCCCCUGAGGGUACCCCGCUCUACAACUUCAUGGGCGACGCCCUGCAGCACACGUCCCAGUCCUUGCCCAGGUUCAUCAAGGACUCCCUCAAGCAGAUCCUGGAGGAGUACGACUCCCGACAGAUCUUCUACUUUCUCUGUCUCAACCUGGCCUUCACCUUCGUGGAGCUGUUUUAUGGGGUGUGGACCAACAGUCUGGGCUUAAUCUCCGAUGGUUUCCACAUGCUGUUCGACUGCUCCGCUCUGGUGCUCGGACUGUUUGCUGCUCUGAUGACGCGCUGGAAAGCAACCAGAAUAUUCUCCUACGGGUAUGGCCGUGUUGAGAUUCUCUCGGGAUUCAUCAAUGGUCUCUUCCUCAUGGUCAUCGCUUUCUUUGUGUUUGUGGAGUCCGUAACCAGGGUUCUGGAUCCCCCCAACAUCAACACAGACAUGCUAACGCCUGUCUCAGUUGGCGGCCUCCUCGUCAACCUGGUGGGCAUCUGUGCCUUCAGUCACGCCCACUCCCACGGCGCGGCCAAGAGCAGCUGCUCUGGCCACGACCACGGGCACUCUCAUCACGGGCACAGCGAGCACGGCCACGGAGGUCAUGGGCAUAGCCACGGCGGACACGGGCACUCUCAUGGAGGACAUGGGCAUUCCCAUGGGUCUGGUGGAGGGGGCAUGAAUGCCAACAUGAGAGGUGUCUUUCUGCACGUGCUGGCCGACACACUGGGCAGCGUGGGGGUCAUCAUCUCCACCGUGCUCAUCCGGCAGUUCGGCUGGUUGAUCGCCGACCCCAUCUGCUCGCUCUUCAUCGCCACGCUCAUCUUCCUCAGCGUCAUUCCCUUGCUGAAGGACGCAUGCGAAGUCCUCUUGUUGAGGACACCUCCCGAGCACGAGAAGGACCUAAACAUGGCGCUGGAAAAGAUUCAGAAAAUAGAGGGUGUGCUCUCAUUCCGUGACGCUCAUUUCUGGAGACAUUCGGCCAACGUCAUAGCAGGAACAAUCCACCUUCAGCUGAUGUCAGAUGUGGUGGAACAGAGGAUCAUUCAGCAGGUCACGGCCAUAUUGAAAGACGCUGGUGUGAACAACCUGUCUGUGCAGGUGGAGAAGGAGGCCUAUUUCCAGCACAUGUCUGGCCUCAGCACAGGAUUCCAUGAAGUUCUGGCCAUGACACAACAAAUGGAGUCCAUGAAAUAUUAUAAAGAUGGAACAUGUAUCAUGUAAAAUAAAGAUGUGUUUUUAACCAAUUAAAAUGGGAGGAGAAAAUAAUAAAUAUGUUUUUAAGUUG